AAUCAAUAAAACCAAUUAGACUAUAAUUAUAUUUAACUCGUUACAAUUUUCAAUAGUAUAAUGAAUUUUACAAUUAACUAUUCAAGUUACAUGAAAUUACUUUUUCCUAUAAACAAAAUAAACAAUGCCUACUAUUCUGCAAAUUAAUUACCAGCAAAUUAUAUAACAGUCAAUUGACAACAAAUGUUCGUUUCGAAUUGAUCAUUGUUCUUGGAACGAAUGACUUUUAUUUAUAAGAUUACAUUCAGCUUAUUAUAGUGCUUCUCAUAUUGUUAUACAUAUGUACACGUAUAUAUACGUAAUAUACCUAUUGUAUUAUUUAUAUUCAUCAUACAAAAUAAAGAUCUCAUCGUCUAUUGCACGUAACAUAGUAAUGAGCAGAAGAAAGAGAAGGAGUAAAAGGCAGAUAUAGAGGAGGAGACAAAAUAUACUUAAGUAUCUUCUACAGAGUUCGUUCUUUUCACUUUCACUUCACUCAUCUUAUUAUUCCAAGUCUUUAUCCAUUUCUAAGUUGAUUGUGUGUCAAGCAUUUUAAAAUUUCUGAAGAAACAAUCUGUUUACAUGAUGUUUUCAAGUAUUACCUGGAUGUUAUUUGUUUUCUUCAGUGUAGUUCACGGUCAGGAAGUCUUCAAUACUCUACCUCCACCAGUGAUGACAAGUUUCACUUGUAAGGGUAGAGAGACCGGUUUCUAUGCUGAUAUUGAGACUAAUUGCCGAGUUUAUCAUACUUGUGAUGAUCAUGGUAAUAAAUUUACUUAUCACUGCCCACAAGAUACAGCUUUUCGUCAAGAUUCACUGGUCUGUGAUCAUGCAUAUCGAGUUGACUGUCAAAAAUCUGCUGAAUUAAUUCUCCAACGAUCAAUCCAAGACUCUCAAACUGAGCCUGAUAAUGUUCAAGACUUUAAGACAUUCUCAAGAAGCUAUCAGAUUGCACCAAAACCUUCAGUUCAUCUUUUAGCACCUAAAGAAAGUGAUCAAAAGCCUACGACAUUUGUGAUGAGGUCUACUAUGUUCUUUCGAGAUCAGUCAAACUCCAGGAAUGACAAUCGACAGUCCAAGAGUCAAAAAUUGAUCAAAGAAAAUUUUUCUACCUCUUCAACACCUCCACCAUCUACUACCAAACAGUCUUUUUCACAAUUUCAAUUUAAAAACUCGAUAAAACCAUUUGCAGUUUUGGAAAAACCAAAGAAUUCUCUUUCUGACAAUGAAUCAAGUGCAGAAAACUUUCAACAUAAUCGACAAAAUCCUUUUAAUAGAACGACACGAAUUUUAAAUAAUAACAACUUUCCUUAUAUUGAAACCUUGAAAUCUAUGCAGAAUUAUAGAAAUAAGGAGAAUUAUUUCUCAACUACUGUCAGGACUACAACUGCUGGAACCGAAUUUCCCAUUCCUAAGUUCAGUAAUGCUUUAAGUGGAUUUAAUUCUGAAGAUCCAUACUAUCCUCGAAGUUCUAGUACAGAGAAGGUUUACAGUUUAUCUACAAAAAAUAAACAAAAGUUUCCGGCUUUUACAACUCCAAACUAUCAAGCAAGUAGUAAAGAAUUGAAGAUACCUGAUUUUCUACCCGAUCUCAAUUCUGUGGAAGAUCUUGUUGAUCGUAGGAAGCUCUUCUUUAUUCCAUCAGCAAGAAAGAAUUGAAAAUUGAUGGAUAAUUGUGUAAUCAAAGAGUGUGUAAUCAUUGAUAAAUUAUAACUCAUUGUAGGUGAUUAUAUUAUACAAUAAUACCCAGACAAGGAAGGCCGUUUGCUCGAGGUUGAA